ACUCAUGCAAACAGCUGGGAGACCCACACGCAAUACCAAUAAACGCGAAUGAAAUCACCGGCAAACAAACCAACUAUAUCGCUGCUAUCUGAUAUUGCGCCUCAAUCGCUAAACCAACUCCGAAGCAGUUCGCAAUGGCCGAGCCCCGUCCGUGUGGUGGAGACUUACUAAGAAUCGCAGGCGCCAUCAUCCUGCCCAACCUGGGUGGCCUCUACAAUGGCAGCCUCACUCGAAAGCACCUUCAGAACUGGUAUGCCCACCUGAAGUUCCCGUCCUUCAAGCCCCCCAACUGGGUAUUUGCCCCGGUGUGGACAACGCUUUACGCCGGAAUGGGGUACGGGUCGUACUUGGUGUGGCGGGAUGGUGGCGGAUUCUCGGGCGACGCUAAGCUUCCCCUUCUGGUCUACGGCACCCAGUUGGCUCUAAAUUGGGCGUGGUCUCCAAUCUUCUUCGGUCAGCACAAUAUCAAAGGCGGACUCAUAGACAUCGUGGCCCUAACGGCCACUGCAGGCGCUUGUGGAGUGCUUUUCUACCAGGUGAACAAGGUCGCCGGCUUGAUCUUUGUACCCUACCUCGCCUGGCUGAGCUUCGCCACUGCCCUGAACUACUCCAUCUGGAAAUUGAACCCGGAGAGUGAGCAGGCAAGGAUCGAGGAAGUGCAGGAGGAGAAGCCCUCCAGCAGCCAAAAGGCCAAGUAGGCGAGGUCGAACAUUACCAUUGCGUAACGCAAGCCCUGAUAGUAGUCAUAGGAUGGCUUAAGAGGUGUAAUUAUUAUCGAUACGUUUUAUCUGCACAUAUUUAUGUAUAUGUUUGUAUGUACAAUAGUUGAGCUUUUCAACCGCUCUGAUUUCCAACGGCUCAAAAACUGCACGUCAUUGUGGGUUAAACUUAAAGAAUCAAAUGUAAAAUAAAUAUUUAAAGUCUUCAAGAUAAGCUAA